AUGGAGAUGCACCCGCGCAGCACCGCACUCUUCACUCGCUCCAAUACAGUCUUCAUUGAUCCCAGUCUGGCGAAAUCGUUCUUCUCCGGAAUCAUCAUUUCGCAGUACCUAAAUAUAGCAUUGCUGACUGUCUUAGUCUAUCACGCUCUCAUAACGACGGAUAAACAAAUAAAAUACUUCUGGCUGUACGUUAUUCUUCCGGUCGUUCGUACUUUCUAUCAACUAAAAAAUCCAGGCCGCGCACUAUACUGGAUCGGCGACUUAUGCUGUGAGUACUCUAUUACGAUUCAUUAUGCCUCCAAUUUAACCCAAGCACCAGACCCGAUCACAGUCAUCCUUAUAGACUGUAUUCUCCAAAUCCGCGUAUUGGCACUUUACGAGCAAAAUAGACACCUUUCAAUAUGCCUGAAAGGACUUCUCGUUUUAGAGACAAGUAUUGCUCUCGGUUUUACUAUCUACGAUAAUUUUUUUGAAGACUUUAUUGUCGUACACAUCGCACAAGGCAUCCAAAUCUGUGGAAAGAACAGGCCUCCCUCCAGUUUGGCAUUAAGCAUUGUAUGGGGUGGCUUUCUAAUCUAUGGAAUGAUCCUACUUUGCCUUGCCCUCUUCAAGGCAGCGGAGUACUGGAGAAUAUCAUCCAAUUUUAAAGGCUUCCAUCUCGUCAGAGUCCUCGUUGAAGACCAAGUUAUAUAUUACGGCUUUGUGAUAUUCUGCUGCAUACUACGAAUCACCGCCAACCAAACUAAGAAUGUCAACUCUAUCGUUGUAUACAUCCUAGACUCAAUAGAAAACCCAACUCUUCUAUGUAUCCUCGGAAAUCGCCUUUUAAUUAACUUAAAAGAGGCAGGCGAAUUCGGACAAAACGAAGGAACCAACUACUGGUUGAGGACCGCUGGUACUAGUGACAUCGAAUUUGCCGAAGGGAGUCCUGCAGCGGUGGGCCCAAAUGAGGAGGGCACGUCCAGUGUUUGA